AAACUUCCUGUUUUGCGUGGAUCAUUUUAGAUAUGAAUCUUCUAUGGAUUUUUGAGAUUUCUCUUGUUCUGUGCAUAGAAAUAAAUGAAGAAAAUAUCCAAGAUCAUCUAAAAAAAGAAAAGUUUUCAUUAGUCUUAUUUUUUGCCCCAUGGUUAAAAAGUUGCGAAAAGGUGGUCGGUGUAAUUUCAGAAGUUGAAGUUUAUUUUAGAAAUAGAGAUGACAUAUUUAUUGGGAAAAUUGAUACAUAUAAAAGUUUAAAGUUGGCAAGUCACUUUAGAAUUGAUGACUAUUGCUCUUUGAAGUAUUUUGUAAAAGGAAGCAAGGUAGCUGAGAGCUAUGAAGAUACUAUUUCAAAAGAAUUGGUUAUUAAAUUUGUUGAGACAAAGUCUAGUUAUCAGGGAGUAACUGACCUGUACAAAGAACCUUUGAUUGAAUUAAACCUCGAUAAUUUCGAUAGAAUUGUUAAAAAUGAAAACAAGUUUGUAAUUGUGUAUUUUUAUACGUCUUGGUGUAAAAAGUGUACUCUUUUGUCAAAGACAAUACGUCAAGUAGCUCAGGUAUUUCAGAACGAUAAAGAUUGCGUUAUCGCUCAACUAGAUGGAGAAAAAUGGUUUAAUAUAACUGUAAAAGAAAAAAUUGGUGUUUAUCCGACUUUUGUGUUUUACUCAAAAACUGAAAAAGAUGGCAAACUUUAUUAUCCUGGAAAAUUUGACGAAAAUUGGACAAAUUACAACAUCACAAAGUUUUUAAAUAUCAAUUGUGGGUUACGGAAAGUUAUUGAUGAAGCUGAAGAUGAAAAAGUUGGUACAUUAGACGAACUUAAUGUAUAUGCUAAACACUUUAUGCAACAAAUAGAUAUGAAACGCAAGAAAACAGUGCGACAUGUGAUACAAUUAAUUCAAGAAUUCCCUCCGCACAAACGCUGGAAAGGAGAAAUAUACGUGGAUCUUAUGACUACGAUUAUGAAAGAAGGGGACAUUUAUAUCAGCAAUGAAAUCAACAGAAUUGAAAAAUUAUUGCAUGCUGGAAUUGUUCAAGAUAAAGAAAACCUUAUACAAAAAAAAAAUAUUUUAAAAGAAUUUAAUUUUUUUAACCGCGAUGAACUAUGA